CAGAGAGUUUUUUGUGAGCUAUGAGAAUUUAAGUGCUGAUGAUGCAAAGACGAUAAGAGUUUCAUUAUUGGGAAUUGUUAAAUUUUAUAUUGCUAAAGAAGUCAAUGUUAAGGAGGUGAAAGCAAUUUUGAAUUAUUUAUCAUCUGUAAGGGAAGAAUGUCUGUUAAUAGAGAUGUUGGAAAUGUUAUUAUCACAUUUGGAAACUAAGAACUGCAGAGAUCAAAUCUAUUUACUAAUGUAUGAACCUAAUGCUGCUGAUUUAUUAUAUGCUUUGCUACAAGAUAAAACAUUCUCAGUCGAGUUCAAGCAGAAACUUUUAAAGUUUCUAUAUGUUCUAUUACGAACUGACAGGGUUAGUUCAAGACAUAAGAUGUCUUUACGUUUACAAGAUGCAAAACUUCUCGGUUCAGUGAGCAUGUAUCCAGGAUUAAUAUCUUUAAUGCCAUCUGAGCAUUUGGUUAUGGAGGUAUCCGUGAUGCUACUAGAUCAAAUGCUUCUUAUAGAAAAUGAAUGCAGCUUUGCGGGUGCUUUAUCUCUAUUAUAUGCUUUAUCACUAGCAGAUAUUGAUAUUAAAUUAGAAAUGGCUAGAAAAUUAUUGGCAACCACAUUUAUGAAUGAGAAUGCACCAUUUUUGAUAGCUAAACAGGUUGGCUGGCAAGAUUCCAUAAUGAGACUUUUAAUAAAACGACCAAUCAGUUCUCCAAUAGCCCCUCCAAAUACAUUACUUGCUGAAGUAGCAUCAGAUUUGAUGGCUUUUGAUGAGAUAAAUAUGGAACUUACUGAAAUAGAAGAUGUUCAUGGACCUCCUAGUUUAACUGCUCAGGUCACCGAAGUUGCAACUGCUUUAGAGCAAGAAAUAAUAGAUAUUGCUGGAUCUGUAUCAGAGGUUGUAGUAGAUAAUUUAACUUCCGUGAAAGGUAACAUAUCAUCUGUAUAUAGUGCCAUCAAGCAACAUACCAGCAAUCUUCAGGAUACUUUAGAACGUAGUCUUGUAGGAAGUACUGAAACUCAUAGUGACUCUCUUGAAUCAUCAGAGCUUACCCCAAGAUUUGAAGUGACUGGAGAUGAUACAAUCAUGUGGGGUAGCCAAAAUUCUUCAUCUAGCAGUAGUACUGAAGACUUGUCUUCACUUCCUGUGAAUCAGCAUUUGGAUGCCGAGAGCACAAAUUCAGCAAUUUCUAGUCAGAGCACUUUAAAUAAAGAUAAAGUAGCUCGCAAUGAAGCCCUGGCAUUGCAACAAUUAAGAGAAGAAAAGGCUCUCGAUAAAGAAGAAAAUUUAUGCUACUUAGUUACAAAUAUCUUAUUUACAGUAUUAUGGCGUGGUGUUGAAGGAGAGAGGUCAAGUUAUGGCUUGUAUCAACCUCUUGGGUCUCAACAAUGA